ACCCACACCUCUGUCUCCAUCAUCGCCGUAGCAGUCCUGCAGGUAGGAGCAUCUGCCCGCAGCCCUCUGCUCAGAGCGGGCAAGCUGGUUUGGCCUCUUUCUCCCCAGCAUCCUUAACCCUGAGAACACAGCCCCCAGUGCCCCUGCCCCUUGCCCUGACCUCCCCCAGCAUCCAGCAUCCCUUGGACAGACUCUGACACUGUCGCCACCGCCACCUCUGCCAUCCCCAACGCCACCACCUCAGGGCCAGCAAGAUGCAGUUUGAGAUGCACGACAACGUGAAAGGCAAAGCCAUGUCCUACCCAGUGACCAGUCAGCCCCAGUGUGGCAGCAGCAGCUACCAGACCCAGCUCAGCGACUGGCACACCGGUCUCAUGGACUGCUGCAACGACAUGCCCGUCUGUCUGUGCGGCACUUUCGUCCCUCUGUGCCUCGCCUGCCGCAUCGCCGACGACUUCGGCGAGUGCUGCUGCGCGCCCUGCCUUCCCGGAGGCCUGAACUCCCUGCGCACCGGCAUGCGCGAGCGCUACCGCAUCCAGGGCUCUGUGGGACACGACUGGGCGGCCCUCACCUUUUGUCUGCCCUGCUCGCUCUGUCAGAUGGCGCGGGAACUGAAGAUCCGAGAGUAAAGAGGUUCCCCCUACCACCCCUCCUUUCCCACCCAUCACGCCUGCCCUCCUUUGCCCUCUCCUGGGAGGUCCUGCCCCUCCGCCCUACCCCACCACUGGAAAUGCACCCACAAUAAAAACCUGAAAACCAA